GUCCCGCCAAUCCCCGCUCCUCCCGCUACGGCCGAGCUCUGCGAUGCCCCGCUAUGAACUGGCUUUGAUCCUGAAAGCCAUGCAAAGGGGUUGGUACAGUAGGCCUCACUAAACUUAGCUGCAACUAAGAAUUUCUCCUACAUCAACUGAGUUAAGGCUGAUGCUCUUGUGGAAUGUGGAUUAAAAGUGCGUGCUAAGUUCCAAAUUUCCAUUUGAGAAGCGGAGAAACUAAAUGUACCACAACCACCAGCAUCAGGACAGCAAACCAAGGGACAAAGAAUUUGAUCCGCAGUGUUGAUACAUGUUAACUGGUUCACGUGUUGCUUAAGAGACAUUUGCUGGGGGGCGAGAAGUGGACAUCAGCUGUGCGAAGUCAUUUUGUUUACAAAAAUGAGGGCUUCUUUGGAAACAGCAGACAUUGCCAUUGUGGCGCUGUACUUCGUGCUUGUAAUGUGCAUAGGUUUUUUUGCCAUGUGGAAAUACAAUCGAAGCACCGUAAGUGGCUACUUCUUGGCAGGGCGUUCUAUGACCUGGGUAGCGAUUGGUGCAUCUUUAUUUGUGAGCAAUAUUGGAAGUGAACAUUUCAUUGGGCUCGCAGGAUCUGGAGCGGCAAGUGGAUUUGCAGUAGGUGCAUGGGAAUUCAACGCCUUAAUGCUUUUGCAGCUUUUAGGAUGGGUCUUUGUCCCUGUCUACAUUCGGUCAGGAGUGUACACCAUGCCGGAAUACUUGUCCAAGCGUUUUGGAGGGCAUAGAAUCCAAAUCUAUUUUGCAGCAUUGUCUCUAAUUCUUUAUAUCUUCACCAAACUUUCAGUUGACUUGUAUUCAGGGGCGCUUUUUAUUCAAGAAUCGCUAGGUUGGAAUCUCUAUUUGUCAGUAAUCCUCCUUAUUGGAAUGACUGCACUGUUGACUGUGACCGGAGGUCUUGUGGCUGUCAUCUACACAGACACCCUUCAAGCUCUGCUUAUGAUUAUCGGUGCCCUCACACUUAUGAUCAUAAGUAUUAUGGAGGUUGGUGGGUUUGAAGAAGUUAAAAGAAGGUACAUGUUAGCAUCACCAAAUAUUACGUCUAUCUUGUUAACCUACAACAUUUCCAAUACCAAUUCCUGCAAUGUGGACCCAAAGCCCGACGCUCUUAAAAUGUUGCGUGAGCCAACAGAUGAAGAUAUUCCCUGGCCUGGAUUUCUGUUGGGACAGACUCCAGCAUCUGUCUGGUACUGGUGUGCUGAUCAAGUCAUAGUGCAGAGAGUUUUAGCUGCAAAAAACAUUGCUCAUGCCAAAGGAUCCACUCUGAUGGCAGGCUUCUUAAAGUUACUGCCAAUGUUUAUUAUAGUUGUCCCGGGGAUGAUUUCACGAAUACUGUUUGCAGAUGAUAUCGCCUGCAUUAAUCCAGAACACUGUUUUCAAGUCUGCGGGAGCAGAGCCGGAUGCUCUAACAUUGCCUACCCACGUUUGGUGAUGAAACUUGUGCCGGUUGGUCUUCGGGGACUGAUGAUGGCUGUGAUGAUUGCUGCACUGAUGAGUGACCUGGACUCUAUAUUCAACAGUGCCAGCACCAUAUUCACGCUUGAUGUCUACAAACUCAUUCGGAAGAGUGCAACGUCUAGAGAACUGAUGAUUGUAGGAAGAGUCUUUGUGGCAUUCAUGGUAGCUAUAAGCAUUGCCUGGGUCCCCAUAAUUGUUGAAAUGCAAGGUGGUCAGAUGUACCUUUAUAUUCAAGAGGUAGCAGACUAUCUGACCCCGCCGGUGGCUGCUCUGUUUCUUAUGGGUAUAUUUUGGAAGCGUUGCAAUGAACAGGGAGCGUUCUAUGGCGGAAUGGCUGGGUUUGUCCUUGGAGCGAUACGAUUGAUACUGGCAUUUAUCUAUCGUGCUCCGGAGUGUAACCAGCCAGAUACUAGGCCAAGCUUUAUCAAAAACAUCCAUUACAUGUAUGUUGCUACAGCUCUGUUCUGGAUCACUGGAAUUGUGACCUUUAUAGUGAGCCUUCUUACACCUCCGCCUACAAAGGAACAGGUUCGAACAACCACUUUCUGGGCUGUGAGAAACAGGAAUGUAAAAGAGAAUACUGCAAAGGGGGAGCGGUACAAAAUACAAGAAAAGAACAUCUUGAGGUGUAAUGAAAAUGCUAACCAUAUCAUUCCAAACGGCAAAUCUGAAGAAAACAUUAAAAAUAUUAAGCCUGAGGAUAUCAAUCUUCUGGUUACUUGCAGAGAUGACAGCAACCCGGUGAUUUCCGUAAGUCACUCUGAAGUCGAGACACCAGUUGAUUGCUAUUCGAAUGGACAAGCAGCUUUGAUGGGGGAGAAAAAGCAUGAGGAAGAAACUGAUGAUAGAGAGAGACAUUUGAAAUUCAUAGAUUGGUUCUGUGGCUUUAAAAGUAAAAACAUGAACAAGAGAGCUGUUCGGGAGAUGGAGGAAGAGACUGUUUGUUUACAAAUGCUGGAAGAGACUCCAAAAGUUAAACUAUUACUAAAUACUGGACUGGUCUGUGUCUGUUCGCUUGGAAUAUUCAUGUUUGUCUAUUUCUCUUUGUGAGUGAAUAAUGAACUUUUAAGGGUAUGGCUAAACAUACAGAAGUUGAUACAGGUCUCUGGAGAUUUUUUUAUUUUUAUUUUUUCCAAGUAACAUAACUGCAACCCAGGCAUUGUUUACGCUAUAACUGUAAAAUCAACUCAACUUUAGCCCAUUUAGAGACCAUUUAAAACAUGUUGUCCUAUCUGCUGAAAGCAGGAUGUGUUGUGUGGUGUCUCUCUCCCUCUUUCUUCCCUCCUCUCCCUUCGUUUGCGGUACUAAUCUUUUCUUUUUUUCCAUGUACACGUGUGUAAAUAUACCAAAGGCGGGCAGGUGGCUGUGUUUGAAGUCAGGCAGUUCUAGAGUUCAGUCAGCGUUAAGAUGAAGAUAACAAGUAAUCAUUUACCUUUGUGUAAAAUCCAAAAUGAUUAAAGCUAUGUCGAAAGAUUUUGAAUGCAGAGUUGUGAUGCACAUCAUUGUAUCGUUGUUCUUUGUAAUGUAGCUGUGUUAUCUUGGCCAACAUAAUACUUAUGAAUUUUGUUCAUCACUUCCAGUGUUUUCAGCUUCUCAGUUCUCUUAUAGCAACAACAGAAUGAUAUUUUUCCUGCAGUAAUUUAAAAUGUGGUAGCUGUUAGUAGCUUUCUGUCGUUCUUCCCUGUAAGGAAAUGUUUAUCUUUUGAUCUUUAUCCUUUGUAAAUUGCAGUACUGAAAAGCUGUUAUAUUUAAAGCAAAGAAACCCUGGAGAUCACGAACUGGCAAUGGAAGAGAGAAGAAAAGAGGGGUGAAAAAGGGUUCUCUUCAUUGCGAUUUUACAGUAUAUUGAAGUGGAAGAAUAUACAUUCAAUGCUGACGGUCCACAAAAUUUUAGCCUUAUAUUGUCGUUGACGUCAUUAGGGUUUGCCUCUUUUUAGAGAAAAAUCUAUACGUAGUCUCUACCACAUGGGAGAAAGAGAAAUGUUGAACUUCACAUGUCUUAAGUUUAGUAAACACACUAAAAUAUAACUUUUUUUCCUCCAUGAUGGGGAGAAAGGGAACGCUUCACGGCCUUAUCGCUGCUGUAUUUUGAGUCUGGAAGGGGAGAAAACAAAGGAGAAGGACAAGGAGAGGUGAGGGAAAGAGGUGCAAAGUCCCUAUUUUCCAAAGUCACAUCCACGCUGCCUUUGGAACUAACUCCUGCAGCAGUCUUUGCUCCUGAGCUUGUCUGGGGAAUUGUUUGGGAAAAGUGGCCAGGCUGAGACAGUGUGAGGGGCUGUGCUGACAGUGCCUGAUGUGUUUUAAGGGUCCAGAAAUGUUUCCCCGCAGUCAAAUCUCUUAAUAAACUUGAGAACAGAUAGUUCCGUAGAGAUGAAAUUUGGAUUAAUCUUGCCAUUGACUGUUGGAGACAAUUUGUUUUCCAGUACAGUGGGUCCUGUAAGCUGCAGGCUGCUUAAGUAGCUUUUAGCAAUAUGAUAUAUGAUGUGUGUUAUCAAGCAAACCAAUGCAUGUUGGGUUUUGUGGAGGAUUUUUUUUGUUUGUUUGUUUUGAAAUCAGUUGACUCCCAUUAGCUCUGAGACUUUAGUUAGAGGAUGAGUUGUCUCACCUUUCUCCACUUCAUUUAGUUGUUGCCACUGUGAAGUAGGAUAUCUAACUGGAAAUACGGUAGUGUUGGAACCCUGUUGGAGUGUAUCUAAGAGAGGAGAGUUACCAUACCUGACUCUUGGUGUAAAUACACAUUUUCUUGCAGUUUGUGGCUCACUUCAUGCAGAAAAAAAUCUUUUAACUCCUUCUUAAUGGUAAAGUUCUAGUAUAUGAAGUAUGUUAAAGGAAUCUCAAGUUAACUCAAUAAUGGGGUGAGUUGGGAAUAAUGAUACUGUAUGUAAAAGACAUAAAACAUCAAUAAAUGUUUCUAAGCAGGAUAAAAUAACCUAGAACAGAACUUGCCUGAUGUUACUGGAGUGAAAAAUGACUUACAGGAUGAGAAUAAGCCUCAGACUAUCAGUAUUUUCUUGAAAAGCCUAGGUUCUAGAGUGCCAGAUUUGGCACAGGGAAGGAGACUCACGUGCUGGGCACUGUCCCUUACUAACUUGGCUUGUCUUUCUAUCAGCAGCUGGUACUUGGGUUUUCCAGAGCAGUCUUUUUGGCUCUAAUACUAACAAAUGCAUUACCACCUAACCUGUGCAGUUAGGUUAGCUCAGGGACCCUUCUGCUUGGCUGCCCUUGCUUCGUCCUUGCUUACUUUUUUUCCAGGGUGCCUUAUGUAGUUAGGAAGCUGAAGGCAUGGCUUUUAGUGCCACCUAAAUAGCAAUUUGCUUAUAAUGUGUUUUCCCAGGUUGUUUUUCCCUCCUCUUUCCCUAAGUCAUUUGCUAUUUAAACAGAACGGAGUUCUAUCUCCGUUCUGUGUAAACAGUCAAUACAUGGGAUGCUUGUAUCCUGGUCAGUGUAACUGCAGUCACAUCCAUGGUCAAAUUUAUCCUUUGGUCCUCGUAUGGAGUCAGAAUCUUUCCCAUAGGUACAGUGCAGCCUUUGACUGUUGAAUCUGAGAUACUCAAUAUUCCAGUUAAUACGUUCUUAUUUUUGCUGAACUAACAAGUUGCCAAAACAAUGUAAGUGAUUAUUGACAGGCAGUUAGAAUCUUCAUGAAGUAAUACUCUCACCAUUUAAACCAUUAUUGUGAAGAAGCUUUUUAGCAAAUUGUUUAUUUGGUGGGUUUUUUUCUCUUAAGUCAUUUACAAACAUUUCUAUGGUACUCUCUGCCUGAUGUCGGCCUCUUCAGUCGUGUUCUGUUUCCAUGUCUUAGAGGUGUCAUAGAACUUGCCCAAUACUCUUUGCUGCAUGUCACCACUUAACAAAUCCUUUUAUCCCCCCAAAAUUUAAGGCUUCAGGAGAACUGCUGGUGAGCAAAUGCCUCACCCAGUCUAAGAGACUGUAGUGUUAGAAGUUGCUCGAGGGGUUUUUUUUAUAGCGUAAACAUGCCUUUGCUAAUUUUUUGGUCAUGAUCUACCUACAAUCCUGGUUAAUAUGUUUGGGUCCAAACACCAACUUUUUGGUCUAGUAGAACUGCAGUUUGUCCCGUAACGGACAGUUGGUUCCAUACAUGUUAAUGACUGGCCUCCUCUGAGGUGGGACUGGUGAGCUGCACAGGGGCAGAGCUGGGGGGUGUUUGGCUUCCCUCUCUGCAGCAAGGGGAUUAUUUAUUGCCUUGAACUUAGAAUGAUAGUCUUGAAGAAGUCGUUUUGGAACUACACCUUUUUUGUUGUUAUUACCCUUAACUUAUUUCUGUUAAGAUAUCUGAAUCUUCUCCCAGAAAUCUAUUAGGAGCCUUUUAUUUAAAAAAAAAAAAAAAAAAAAAAAAGAAGAAGAAAAAAAGACAAG